AUGGGACGACCUUGGCGCAUCCAUGACCGUCAAGAUGGACUUGAGAUCGUAGGAGUAACGUCUGUUUCAUUGUCAAGCUUACCACCCCCGAAGAAGCCAGUUGGUUCACAUUACGCCCUUCCACAACUGAGGACUUCGUCUCGAAUACUGUUCUUAGUCAGAAUUGAUCUCGGUGACCAAGUAAUAUUCGAGCUCCUCUCACUAGAAUAUGAAGCACAGUUAAGCGUAUACCAAUUGUUGGCCCGAGCCUAUGCAAUUCGUGCUGAACCUAUGAGGAGGGGUUUAUUGGGUACAUCUACACAGAUAUGCAACUUUUCUGCUAAAGGAUCUUUUGCGAUGCUGCGACUAUCGUAUCGAAAGCUAUGCGCACGAAUUAAUGGAGGUGGAAAAAUGACGUCUUUAUCCCAAAUUAGUAGUUUUCAUUCUAGUCAGACUUCUUUGUCACCAAGAAGCUUCUUUGGCGUGGAGGAUUUUCUCGAUGAUGACAAUAGCCGACCCUACACUUACCAAAAGGAGAAAAAAUCCAAGACUCCAAACAAGCACGUUUCUUUCAAGCAGCGAACUGUAGCCUACAUGGAGCCGUUCACGCUCGAUGUUUUCAUCUCAAAACGAUUUGUGUCAGCCUCAAUAACCCACCGGGUGACCUGCAAGCAGGUUGCUGUUGCCGGUACCAACUCAAAAGAUAUUAAGGCUGCACUCAAAUCCCGUUCGGAUAUACCCGCUUGUUUGGCCGUGGGGCGGAUUCUUUCAGAUAGGGCCCGGGAAGCUGAUGUGUACACGGCUUCUUAUACUCCGAGGGAAAGGGAUAAGUUUGAAGGGAAAAUUAGGGCGGUUGUUCAGUCACUCAUCGACAAUGGUAUCGAUGUCAAGAUAUAUCUUGAUUGA